GCCCCCCGCGCCAGAGGCACCGCCGCCGCCGCAGCCGGGUCCAUGCCCGCUGGAGCCCCCGCCUGCCGCCGCCCGCAGCCCCGGCAUGGACGUUAGGUUUUACCCCUCCGCCCCCACCGCCGUGGGCUCCCUGCCCGGCGCCGACCCCACUUGCCUCGGGCCGCUGGAUUAUUAUCACUGCAACAAGUUUGAUGGGGAGAACAUGUACAUGGGAAUGAAUGACAACGCCCAAGAGUUUCUAUCAGCAAAUCAGACGUAUAACGGUCAGAAUGAGAAUAAUGAAGACUAUGAGAUCCCUCCCAUAACACCUCCUAAUCUCCCCGACCCUUCCCUCCUGCACUUGGUGGACCACGAAACUGGAUAUCACUCCCUGUGCCAUAGCCUCCCUCCAAACAGCCUGAUACCAGCGUACCCCUACCAGAACAUGGACCUGCCGGCCAUCAUGGUCUCCAACAUGUUGAGUCAGGAUGGGCAUCUUCUCUCCAGCCAGCUACCCACGAUCCAGGAGAUGGUCCACUCAGACGCCACGUCCUAUGAGUCCAACCGUCAAGUGCCCCUGAUCAAUCGCCCUGGGAUGUUAGCCAGCCCCAUGAGUGCUCUCAGCCAGUCACAGCUGAUUUCUCAGAUGGGGAUGCGGAGCAGUGUUACCCACGGUUCCCCAUCGCCCCCAGGAAGUAAGUCUGCUACACCAUCUCCCUCCAGUUCUACUCAGGAAGAGGAGACAGAGUCACAUUAUAAGGUUACUGGAGAGAAAAGACCAUCAACAGACCUGGGCAAAAAGCCCAAAAGCCAAAAGAAGAAGAAAAAGAAGGAUCCUAAUGAGCCCCAAAAGCCGGUGUCAGCCUACGCCCUCUUUUUCAGAGACACGCAAGCAGCCAUCAAAGGGCAAAACCCCAACGCUACUUUCGGAGAUGUAUCAAAAAUUGUUGCGUCAAUGUGGGACAGUUUGGGAGAAGAACAAAAACAAGCAUACAAGAGGAAAACAGAAGCCGCAAAGAAGGAGUACCUGAAAGCCCUGGCAGCUUACCGGGCCAGCCUCGUCUCCAAGAGCUCUGCCGACCAGGGGGAGACGAAAAGUGCCCAGAGCAAUCCACCUUCCAAAAUGAUCCCCCCCAAGCAGCCCAUGUACCCAAUGCCACCACAGGCUUCCUCGCCCUACCCUGGCCUGGGCUCGUUCCUGUCCCCAUCGGACCUGCAGAAUUACCGUGGCCACCCCCACCCCAGCCUCUCCCGGACCCUCACCUCCAAACCCAUGCUGCCCAGCAUCAGUGCCUCCCCACCGCCCUCCUUCCAGAUCAGCCCCCCCCUCCACCAGCAGCUCUCCUUGCACCACCCACAGAGCUCCCUCCUCAGCCAGCCCCUCAGCAUGCAGCAGGUCCCCCAGCAGCCCCUCCUGUCCCCCCCCAUGGCACUACAGGUACAGCCCCCCAUGAACGCCUCGCCUCCUGGGCAGCAGGACUUCUCACAUAUUUCAUCUGAGUUUCAAAACAGUGUUGGACCUCGUUCUCCUGGUGCAUCAAACCCUCCAGGAAGCACUGAGUGGGACAACGACUACCCCAGCAGAGAGUGUGGGAUUAACCACUGCAGCAUGCUGCCAAGGGACAAGGCACUCUACCUCACCUAAAACUCAACAUCUCUUUUCGAGGAGGCUCAGAUGAAGGACACUUGAGAGGGUCUAUCUUACAGACUACCCGGAGAGGCACCGAGCAAGUCGUACGGACGAGAGAGCUACCACUGCACCUCAUCGCUGGCUUUGUUUCCAGGCUCUAAGAGCAGUUUUCUUUUAUUAUUUUUGAACUCUAAAGCCUACUUUCUGUGGAAGCCCAAAACCUCAUAAAUCAUGAAGAACAAAAAAAAUAAAAAAAUUUUUAAAAUAAAACAAAUAAACACAAAACCAACAAAAAAAAUAAACUAAGGACACCAUUUUUCUGCUUGCCA